AUGAGCUUGGUCUCAAAGAGCGAUGCGCAAAGGCAAUGGGGGAAGAUAGACCAGGUGGGAUAUUACGCGGGUGAUCAGAGUGGGAAUCACGGGAUCUGCUGUGGUGGGGAGGGAUCCCGGAGAGACGUUGAUCCGCCAGAUUUAAACCGUCGAGCUAAAACAAGCAAGCUGCUCCUUCUUCGUCGUGCAAUCCGCCAGGCAAUUCGGCCUGCUUUAAAAGCCCUCGCCAUGUUCUACGACCUGAAUGUCCCUUACAGCCCGGAUGAUCCAGAGCUGUCUGCGACUCUGGACUUCCUCGCCGAGUCUUCCCCCGAGCCUCACCCCCCUCCUUUACCGCCAAACCCGCCCAAAUCCCUUAAACUGCUGACCCGCCUGAACCUGACGCUGUCCGAUCCCGCGCAGAAUCAGCGGCUUGCGUCUCUGACGGGAAUCUAUGACCUGGUCGCCCUUCGUCCUACCAAUGAAAAGGCUCUGUUGAAUGCGUGCACCAGUCUAGAAUGUGAUUUGAUCUCGCUAGACCUCUCGGUGCGACUGCCUUUCUAUUUCAAAUUCAAGAUGCUGUCCGCGGCGAUAUCACGUGGCAUUCGUUUGGAGAUUUGCUACGGCCCAGGAGUCACGGGGAGCGGUCUCGAUGCCCGCCGAAAUCUGAUUGGCAAUGCCACGGCCCUGAUCCGCGCAACACGCGGCCGAGGCAUUAUUGUGUCCAGUGAGGCGCGCAAGGCUUUGGGACUCCGCGGGCCGUGGGAUGUGAUCAACCUGACCUGUGUCUGGGGGCUGUCACAGGAGCGUGGCAAGGAGGCUAUCUGCGAAGAGGCGAGGAAGGUGACCGCGCUGGCCAAGCUCAAGCGCACGAGUUGGCGGGGAAUUGUCGACGUUGUCCACGGUGGAGAGAAGAAGCCUGCCGAGUCGGGACAGAAACAGAAGAAUGCGGCCCAGUCGACGAAGGCUGCCCUGUCGGAGACUGGUGCCGAGAACCUCAAGCGCAAAGCAUCACUCAGCUCUGAAGUUGUUGCCGAAGAGACUGAGAAGCCCUUGUCGAAGAGAGAGUGA